UAAAGCCUGCCCCUCUCAGCGUCCAUUUUGGGGAAAGCAGGAAGUUGUCUUAUGGGGGAAACCUCAUGACAAACCGAACUGAGCUGAUCAAAUAUCCACAAAUACAUGCAUCGGUGUUUGUUUUUGUUUGAGUGACUGUUCGUUGAAUAUUUUGCUCGUCUAUAGGCGGAUCUGACCGUUCGUUUCGCAGCUGUUUACGGUCAAACUCGACGCGCGCGCUUCGGAGAGGUCGCGACGAUAACCGGAGUGCGACAUAAAACCCAGCAGGUCAGAAUGGCGGAUGACUUCGAUGUUGAGGCCAUGCUGGAAGCGCCUUAUAAAAAGGGUGAAAGCAAGUCCUCCAGCGCCAAUGGUCAUAAUGAGGAACGCAGCAAAAAGAAAAGACGCAGCAGCAGUCGUAGUCCGAGUCCAGGUCAGCACAGGAGUAGAAGCGGGGGCCGCAAGAAGAGCCGUGAGCAGCGCAGGAGCCGUAGCCGAGAACGGAAACGUUCACGGAGCAGAGAGCGCAAGCAGUCACGAUCCCGCAGCAAAGAUCGUGGUGGACGCCACCGAGGACGCAAAAGCCCCUUUAUGGGGCCGAAAUUAAAUGGUGGUCCCGGAGGGAAGACUGGCCCACAACAUUUCACCAAACACAGUCGCAGGCGCUCUCGGAGCAGAAGCCCGUUUAAGAAGAACAAAAGCCCUGUCAGGCAGCCGAUAGAUAAUCUGAGCCCUGAGGAGAGAGACGCCCGUACAGUGUUCUGCAUGCAGCUCGCUGCCAGAAUCAGACCCAGAGAUCUGGAAGAUUUCUUCUCUGCAGUAGGAAAAGUCCGUGACGUAAGGAUGAUCUCAGAUAGAAACUCUCGGAGGUCAAAGGGCAUUGCCUACAUUGAGUUUGUGGAUGCGACAUCGGUACCAUUGGCAAUCGGCCUGACAGGGCAGAGGGUUCUGGGAGUGCCCAUCAUAGUCCAGGUUUCACAGGCUGAGAAGAACAGGGCAGCAGCCAUGGCCAGCAUGCUCCAGAGAGGUGGUGCAGGGCCCAUGCGGCUGUACGUGGGCUCGCUGCACUUCAAUAUAACUGAGGACAUGCUCAGGGGCAUUUUUGAGCCAUUCGGAAAGAUUGAGGGCAUCCAGCUAAUGAUGGACAGUGAGACUGGCAGGUCAAAAGGAUACGGCUUCAUAUCAUUUGCAGAUGCAGAAUGUGCUAAAAAAGCCCUGGAGCAGCUAAAUGGUUUCGAGCUUGCGCAACGGCCGAUGAAGGUGGGUCAUGUUACCGAGCGUUCAGAUGCCUCCUCUGCAAGCUCCUUCUUGGACAAUGAUGAACUGGAGAGAACUGGCAUUGACUUGGGCACGACAGGUCGGCUUCAGCUAAUGGCAAGACUGGCAGAAGGUACAGGACUGCAGAUUCCUGCUGCUGCCAAACAGGCCUUGCAGAUGAGCGGCUCUGUGGCGUUUGGAAAUCUGGCGAAUGCCGCAACCACACAACCUCUUAUUCCCAAUCCUGGAAUGAACCAAGCUAUGAACCUUCCAAAUGAGCCACUGGCCACGCAUUGUUUACAGCUCUCCAACAUGUUCAGUCCACAGACGGAAAAUGAACCUGGCUGGGACCUGGAGAUAAAGGAUGAUGUCAUCGAAGAGUGCAGAAAACACGGAGGCAUUAUUCACAUAUACGUCGACAAGAACUCUCCUCAAGGAAAUGUUUUUGUAAAGUGUCCAACCAUCCCAGUAGCAAUGGCUGUUGUCGGCGCCCUGCACGGCCGGUGGUUUGCAGGUAAAAUGAUCACAGCUGCCUACGUGCCUCUUCCUACGUACCAUAACCUGUUUCCAGAUGCUGCCACAGCCACAGAGCUCCUGAGGCCCAUGCACCGGUGAUCCAGACAGCGACCCCUGCCUCUUACUGACCCUGCUUCAUCUGGAACCGUACACCCCCUUCCCAAAUGAACUGCUGUGGGCCAGAAGAAGCCGUCAUUGAGGGCCACCUCAUGUAUGAAGUUAGAUUUCACAGUUGGACUGUAUUUUGAUAUUGUAUUUAACAGGGGUGUUGAUCUACAGAUAGAAUCACCCUCUCUGUAUAUCGCUUAUAAUAGCAAAAGCAAGCUUUAGACCAGCUCUCGGCUUUAUGUACAGUGGUCUGUUGAUAAGUGAACACCUGUAACACCGUCGCCCUCUCUAGAUGAAUUCUUGACUCCUGAAAACCGGAUUUGAAGGAGAUUCUGGCAUUUUUUGAAAGGUAUUUGAGCGACUUUCUGUUUGUUUGAUUUUUCUUGUGAGGUUUCUUCAUCUGUUUAAUCUUCAGUCAAGAAUUUUUGUCAGUCUUCAUCUUUUCAUGACAGACAGUGUGUUGUGAACUGCUGGUUCAUUUUCUGUUCUGUUUCUUUUCAUCAUUUUUAAGCAACAAAAUACAAGCAAAAAUAUUUUGAUUUUUUUUUUCUUUUUUUUUUUUUUUCCUUGGGGAGAAUCUACUUGAGCUGUUUAGCUUUCUAAAACAUCUUUGAAUUUAUAACUUUUCAUAAUCAAGAAUUGAUUUUUCUAAAAUCUUCUGAUUAAAUGACUUUCACAACA